AUGACGGACCCCGUAGAGUCAACUCAUAAACGCAGUAAAUCGUCUGCUUUAUCACUCCUUCGAAGCAGGAGAGACGGAAAAGACGAUGAAAAUGCAGAAUACCAAGCUCCGAUGUCCCCUGCGACUACGGCACACUCACCCACGAUUCCGACUACAUCGACUCAAUUUCCUCUAAGCCAUUCUUCAAAGAAAUCGACGAGUGCAGCUGGACUCAUGAGAUCGGCUUCCAGCGCCCAUCCGCGGACGACAGCUGCUCUGUCCCCUGAUAAGACGAUGUCAAUCGAGCAGACUGUACGAAAAUUUAAGAUUUUUGAGGCAUUAAAGAAUGGUGACACAGCAGCAAUAUCGAAGGCGAUCCGUGAGUCAGACGGGAGUCGAAUGAGCAUUUCUAGCAGGGCAACAGUUUCAACCAAUCUUGAAGAUACCACCAUCCUGCAUCUAGCUAUUCAAUGUGCCGAACAACAAGUAAUUGAGUAUGUGUUAUCUGAUGGGGCUGGGACGAUCGACGUCAAUGCAAGAGAUCGUGAUGGAAAUACUGCUAUUCAUCUUGCUGCAAGCUUAGGCCGUGGCCCUAUUGUGCGUUUGCUUCUUGAGCAGCCUGGUAUUAAUGAUUCAUUGCCAAAUUAUGCUGGCCGUCUGCCUCUCGACCUUGCUCGGACACCAGACAUUUUUCAACAACUACAGCUCUCUCGUUCAUUAUUUGUGGAAAGCAAAAUUAGACAAAUACAGGAACUGGUUGCACGAGGGGAUUAUAAGUCGUUGGGCGAAGUUUUAGAGGAAUCCCGAGUGAAGACAGUCUUGGACAUCAAUGGUGGAGAAUUCAGUUCUGACCCAAUCACGGUUCACUCAGGUGGUACUUUACUCCAUGAAGCCUCCAGGAAAAAGAACAUCGAGCUCAUCCAAGUCUUGCUAUUACACGGUGCUGAUCCUUUCCGCCGCGACCGAAGAGGAAAGUUACCGCAAGACGUUACGAAAGAUGACGCCACCAAGGCCAUGUUGAAAAAGUCCCCUGCUGCAGUUGCCGCUCAACGUGGAAUUCAGGAAAAAGCUGUCCUUGGAAACGCAUCUCAACAAGGAAUAGUCAACGCCAACCCAUCAGAUGCUCUAGCUGGUAAAGAAGGUCGGGAGAUGCAGGGCUAUCUAAAAAAGUGGACAAACUAUCGCAAGGGUUAUCAACUACGUUGGUUUACCUUAGAAGAUGGCAUUUUAAGUUAUUCCAAACAUCAGGAUGAUGCAGGAUCCGCUUGCCGUGGUGCAAUCAACAUGCGCAUCGCAACGCUCAACAUGGAUCCCACGGAGAAAACCAAGUUUGAGAUUAUUGGAAAAUCAUCUGUCAAAUAUCACCUCAAAGCGAACCAUGAAGUUGAGGCUAAAAGGUGGUUUUGGGCACUCAAUAAUUCUAUUCAAUGGACAAAAGAUCAGGCCAAGGAAGAGGAAAAACAAGAGGCUAAGAGAUUGGAGUUGUUACAACAGGCGAAAGACCACUCCAGUAACGGGUCAAAGGAGUGCUCUGACAACAAUGGGAUCAACGAGCCAUCCCUUGUCUACACAGAUUCACGUCGUGAGAGCAUUCAGGGCAACAGGCUUAUGCCUCAGACUAGUCUCAGCAGAAUGUCAAGUACUCGAGUCGCAUUUACAAGCAAUACUGGUAGUGUCGGCGAUGAUGAGGAAACCAACUAUGGAUCUUACAACCCAAGUUUCCUGGGCGAUGGGGGUAGACCAACAAGCCAUUUCUUUGGAACUGGGCCUGUGGAUGGAGAUGACGAUGAGGAGUAUGGCGAUGGCUCUAGUGAGCACGAGAUGCCGGCAGGCAAGGAUGCGUUUGAAAUCACGGCUCAAUCUGCUCGACUCCAACUUGAACUCAUGGGACAAGUAAAUGCUGCAUUACAAGUAGAGCAAUCAAGAAAUCCAAAUCUUGUCAUUUCUGACCCCGUUGCAAGCCAAGCAGCCGCGACCUAUGAUUCGGCCAUUCGUAAUCUCAAGGGUCUUGUCGGCGAUCUUUUGAAAAUAUCCAAAGAUAGAGAUGCGUAUUGGCAACAUCGUCUUGAUCGAGAAGAGCACAUGCGACGAAUGUGGGAAGAAAGCAUGGCUCAAGUAGCUCGGGAACAAGAUGAGUUAAUGGCUCGCAUGGGCGAAUCAGAAGAAAAAAGAAAGUUGACAAAGCGAGUACUCCGUGAAGUCACUCGAACGGCAUCUAGACCUGAUAGUAGAGGUGAACCAUCAACGGAGUCCGGAAUAACCGAAGCUCUUGAUGUUGUUUCCCUCAAUGAUGACGGCACCGCUCCUUUGAGACAUGUUCCAACUAGUAAAAGCUCACUGCGACAGAAAGCGAUUGUUGAAGGCCUGCCUGAUAUUUCUGAUACGGACUCUGACGAUGAUGCCGAAUUUUUUGAUGCUGUUGAUGCUGGACAAGUAGAAGUGGUCAAAGUUCUACCACCUUCAUACCCUGAUGUAGCUGAAGUUGAGGAAGGAAAAGAGAGUCGACUCGUCAAAGCGGAGGGACUAGAUAUCAGUUCAGCGUUUAAGGGAUAUGAAAAUGGCAUACGGACUCGUCUAAAGAUGGAUGCUGAUGAUCGACCAAAGAUUUCUCUAUGGGGUAUCCUGAAGUCUAUGAUUGGCAAGGACAUGACAAAGAUGACGCUUCCUGUGUCCUUUAACGAACCUACAUCAUUGCUCUAUCGAUGCGGUGAAGAUAUGGAAUACGCAGAUCUUUUGGAUAUUGCAGCUGAUCGAGCGGAUUCAAUCGAGCGUAUGGUAUAUGUUGCAGCAUUCGCCUCAAGUGAGUAUGCAUCUACCAUCGAUAGAGUAGCAAAACCUUUUAAUCCUCUCCUCGGCGAAACCUUCGAAUACGUUCGUCCAGACAAGAAUUAUCGAUUCUUUAUCGAGCAAGUCAGUCAUCAUCCACCAAUUGGUGCUGCAUGGGCUGAGUCUCCGAAAUGGACUUAUUAUGGAGAAUCGGCUGUGAAGUCCAAAUUCUAUGGCAAGUCUUUCGAUAUUAAUCCACUUGGCACUUGGUUUCUCAAACUUCGACCUACGGCCGGUGGUCCAGAAGAGUUAUAUACCUGGAAAAAGGUCACCUCUUCCGUUAUUGGUAUCAUCACUGGUAACCCCGUAGUCGAUAACUAUGGACCUAUGGAGAUUAAGAACUGGACAACGGGUGAAGUGUGCAACGUUGAAUUCAAGGCUAGAGGUUGGAAAGCUUCCAGCGCUUAUCAUAUUACUGGUAGAGUCAACGAUGCAAAUGGUCAAACUCGAUUCAGUCUUGGUGGUCGCUGGAACAGCAAAAUUUAUGCCCGUUUCACGCCUGGUUAUGAGGCAACUGUUGAAGAACCAAAAUCUGACCCUUCUCGCCGUCAAGGCAGCGUAAAUGAUCCAAGUCAAGCAUUUCUGGUUUGGGAAGCUAAUCCACGACCAAUCGGGAUCCCGUUCAAUCUGACUCCUUUCGUUCUCACUUUCAACGAUAUAAACGAUAACCUUCGCCCCUGGUUGCCCCCCACAGACUCUCGAUUACGACCUGAUCAGCGUGCUAUGGAGGAUGGCGAGUACGAUUUGGCUGCCACGGAGAAGAAUCGUCUCGAAGAGAAGCAACGUGCCAGACGUCAAGAGCGUGAAAGGCGUGGCGAGACUUUCGUUCCUCACUGGUUCGAGAAAUCUAAAUGUCCAAUUACUGGAGAGGAAUACUGGGCUUUCAACAACAAAUAUUGGAAUGAGCGGGAGAAGGCUCCUACUGGAGAAGCAUGGGCAGGUGUUGAAGAUAUCUUUUUUGAUGUAAAAGAAGAAGAGUCAUCGUGA